CAGUAGGGUUUUUCGGGAAUCAAACACCACCGUUACUUUCCGCUCAUCUCUCUCUCCUAGGGUUUUCUCGACAAAAUUCUAUUCUCAUCCAUGGAUCUUACCAAGAAGCGCAAGGCCGACGAGUACGGCAGAGCAUACCCCUUGACCAGCGACAUCAACAACACUGCAGCGGCCGGCGCACCGCCGCCGAUCGGCAUCUUAUCUCCCGAAGAUGCAGAGAAGAUCCUCGAACCCUUCACAAAGGAGCAGCUCCUUCCUAUCCUACGUGCGGCUGUCCUCCGUCACCCCGAUGUCUUGGAGGCGGUGCGUACCGUCGCUGACGCCGAUCCUGUCCAGCGCAAGCUCUUCGUUCGCGGCCUCGGCUGGGAAACCACCACCGAGAAACUUCGCCAAGUGUUCGCUGCGUAUGGGGAGCUCGAUGAAGCCAACACCAUCGUAAUUACUGAUAAGAACUCUGGAAAAUCUAAGGGUUAUGGAUUUGUAACGUUUAAGCAUAUUGAUGCCGCUAUCUUAGCCCUCAAAGAGCCGAACAAGAAGAUUGAUGGACGUAUAACAGUGACUCAACUCGCAGCCGCUGGAAAUUCAGGUAAUUCCCACUCUACUGACGUGGCGUUAAGGAAGAUUUACGUUGGUAAUAUUCCAUUUGAGAUUUCCUCCGAGAGGUUGUUGGCUCACUUUUCCAUGUACGGUGAGAUUGAGGAAGGGCCACUAGGAUUUGACAAGCAGACUGGGAAGGCCAAGGGUUUUGCAUUUUUUGUUUACAAGACAGAGGAAGGUGCAAAGGCGUCGUUGGUUGAUCCCAUGAAAACUAUAGAUGGGCAUCAGGUGGUGUGUAAGUUGGCCGCAGAUAACAAGAAACAGAAGCCAAAUGUUGGCCCCCCAGGAGGCAUGGUUCCUGGGAUGCCAAAUUCUGGGCCCAUGGGAAUGCAGGCGCCGAAUUAUGGAAUGGGAGGUUAUAUGGGGUAUGGGCCAGGGCCGAAUAUGCCUCAGCCACCGCAGCGGACGGGAAUGAUGCAUCAAAAUUCAGGCUACAAUACUGCAAUGGGUGGACCAGGAGGACCAGGCGGUCAAGGUUAUGGUGGUGGAUAUGGAGGGGGUGCAUCCAUGUAUGAUGGUGUAGGUGGGACUGGACCUGGGGAAUUUGGUGGAGGAUUGGGCAGUGCUGGAGGCUAUAGAAUUCCUCCUACCAGCAUUGGCAUGCAGAGCUCAGGGGGUUAUCCUGAUGGUGGGAACUAUGGGCUUCAGGCUACAUACCCAUCCCAGCAGAACCAUCCCGGAGCUGGUCCAGGGCCCAGGCUUCCAACUUACCAGGGUAUGCCGCCAUACUGAGGUGUUUUGACAGCUUCUUGGGCGCAAAUGUUUUAAAUGGUUGUGGUGAUUAUGUGAUUGCCGACUAUGAAAUCUUUGGUUGAUAAAUGGACUGCUGUAGAUCUUUGGCUGCUCUACUCUAUCUGCACCCAUAAGUUGUGGAUUAUGAGCUAUAUUUGUGCUAGAAUGAGCUCAAAGUUGUUACUUGAGACAUUGGUGUAUUAUGUGAUAAGUAGCUCUGAAGUGCUCUAGAUCUGAUUUUGCGUUUUAUAUGACAAGCUUCAGUUUACUUGCCAUUUUUAUUUCUAGAAUAUUGUAAAGAGCUACUUCAUUUUACCUUUAGUUACUUAUUUUGUCUUUAUGUUUUUCAUAUAUAUGCAUUAUCUGCGGCGCACUGUGGUAUAUGUGGAAGCUUUGCCAUUUCAUUGGUUUUGGCACCCAAAAAUCUCCUGGGGCAUUGGCACAGUCUUAUUUUUCUCUUUUCAAAAACAUUUCCUUUUGUUAGGUGUCGGGAUAACGUAAGCUUUUUCCAUUCUUUUCAUCUGAUUCACGAUUCACUUAUGGCAUUGUUCUUUAGUACUUCAGCAAACUAUGUAUCCAGCUUUAAAAAGUAGGCAAAGAAUCAUGGUGCUACUCAAUCAGGGGAAUGGAGCACAUUGUGUUCUUCCCCCAAGCAUAAUUUUCUUUUUGUUUCUUUUCUUUGUUUUUUUGUUUUUUAUAAUCUGCAUCCUUGGCCGCUCUUCACCCAUCAUUAACAACCAUUUCUUUUUUAAAUAAAAUGGCCUUUUAUGAACUUGGAAAUUUACCACAGAUAAUUAGGUUGUAAUUGUGAUUAAGUUACAUUUCUUCCGAUGGGACCUGUUUUGCUCUGGGCAUCCUUCUAACUGCUGAUU